CCACUUUAGGUAACCAGAGUGGAGCGGGAGCCCAUAACUGACGAAUUUAGGUAUCCUACGAUCCACUGGAUAACUUAUGGAUGGAUGAUCCUCCAUAAUUCAAUACUAGAAAGUUAUUAAAUUUCUUUCGAAUAAGCAUUCAAUACUUACUAUUUAUAGGAAGUUAUUAAAUGUAUUUCGAAUAAAUUAUAAUGGACUAUAUUUCUUUCAUUUUAAGUUGAAAUAAAAAAUGCACCAAAAAAUCAUAUUUUGGAACAAAAAAAACUAGUCCAAAUAUGAUACGAGCACGGAUCCGAUACCCGUAGUUAUAAAAGUCAUGCAGCCACAAUACUUUUAUGAUUUUCUGAACUAUUCUCAACAACACAAAAAAUUAAAGGAUAAAAGCGGAAUUGAAGUGCAAUCUCAUACCUGGGAGAAGGCUCUAUCGAUAUUAAGGUAGAAUCUCAACUACAAUCAAGAUGAAUGUUUGAUUGAUCCAGAGACAACAAGAGCCAAAAUUCACAACGUGAUUGGAGCCCACCAACAACGAGAGCCAAAAUUCACAAACCAAAAACUUGAUGAACUAGGGUAAAAUUUCAAUAAUAAUCAAAGUCUUCUAUCAAACUCUUGUUUGCAACCCUUUCAAUGGGCCUGGAAAAAUAAAACUAAUAAAAAAUACGAAAAGGAAAAGAAUAUUAAACACAAAAGGUAAGUUUAACUCUGUCUUCCAGUUCCACGGUCGUGGAAUUGAUGUCCUUGGUCGGGGAACUCUUCUGCCCAAAUCCCAUGUCUGUCCUUCUAUUCCACAGUCGUGGAAUUGACUCCCUGUCCGUAGAUUUUGACUAAUCACUAUACGAUCUUCAGACUGCUCGUUUAGUGCCUAGGAAGCUUCGAUCUUCUCAUCAAACGCCUUUACGAUUUUUAGCAAGACUUGUACUCUCACCUCCAACUCCUAGCUUCCCUCUAAUAGCACCCAAUAUGAACGAAUCAGCGUACAAAGUAGGUACCUUGAAGUUGUUUAUGCUCUUACCCAAACUCAUCACUUCCUUCUUCCUCGAUUUCAACACUACUUGGAAUGCUUGGUGACUCACUUCUACUGUCACUCCAGGAAUUGGCCAAGUGAAACCACUUCCUAAAGCGUAGUAUAGCGGGUUUGGGUUUAAUUAUCAACCUGGGUCCUAGAUUUGAUGACUACUCAGUGAAUUCUUGUUAUCUAGCAAUGAAACUUUAAUGCAAGUCUAAACUAACAAACUAACAAAGCAAGUAAACUGUUGUAUUCAGGUUAAGAGAGGUCACCCGGAUAUGGUUCCCCCUAGACUGCAGUUAAGCCGGAUUGUAAUUACCAAGUUCAGUUUCUAUGAUAGUUAUACUGCGGAAGGUUCUUAAACAGCCUGAAGUCUCGACUAAAGGUCUUCAGACCCUCUCAAUCUGAAUCUCUAGCGGGCGACUAACCUCCACCAGAGUAAACAGAUUGAGGCCUUAACAAACAAAACCUCCACUACCGGAGUAAAUCCGGUACAGAAUAGUGAGUUGGCUCCUCGACUAAAGUCACCAACUCCCUACCUUCAAUCAAGGAUGCUCUAUCAACCUAGGCAGAUAUUCUCAUUCUAGGUUAAAGCAGAAACAACAGGAAUUUGAUCAGGAUUCAAGUCAUUCAAUCAUUCAAACCUCAAUCGAAUAUAAUCAAAUCAUAGAAUCAGUACUUGGGUUCAUACAAUCAAAGCCUAACAUACAAAUCUAGGGUUCUCCAUACCCAGAUGAAUGGGAGAACUACUCCAUGGAGAAAGAAGCAAAAGCAGAAUCAGACGCGGAAUUCAUACUGUGAAGGAUGGAUUCCUGCUCCUGGACGUUGAUCGGCACUUCUCCAAGCUCAAACUGGCCUCCAAUGGUGUUGAAGAUCAAUCUAGGGCACUUGGAGACUCUUGUUCGUCGCUUUCCCUCUCUAGGAAUCGCUCUAUUUCUCUCAAAACUCGAAUCCCCUUCUCUUUGGCUGAAAAUCUGCUUAAAAGGGCAUCAGUGGCCAAAGCACGGUCGAGGGCACGGCCGUGCUUUGCCUCGGCCCGCCCGUGCUUUGGCUAGGGUUAAUUACACGGCCAUUGUGUUGGGAGAAACACGGCCGUGCUUUUGGGUGGACACGGCCGUGCUUUGGUGAAACACGGCCGUGUAAUUUCUCAGCCCUGCCCGUGUAAUCGGCUCAUGUUUGCCAAACUCGAAUUAGCUCUCGGAAGUAAAAGCACGGCCACAGAACACGGCCGUGUUCUGUUUUAGGUGUGCCCGUGUUUUGGCUCCAGCUCCACGAAAUGACUUCCGAAUGCUCCGAAACUCGUGCUUAGCCUUCCCUUUUACACCUGGGACCUGAAAUAUGACAAAAUAGCACAACCCGGCGUAAAAUAGGCCAAAAUACACGACUAUGCCUCUCAAACGGAUAAGAAUUAGGGGAGCAAAUACGUGCAAUUACAUCGUUAUCACUUGGAAAUUGACUUCCUUGAGGGCUGGCGAGCUUACAUCAAAAUAGAGACUUUUAGUAGCCGUCGGUACCAUGUGGUACUACUUGGUAUGUACAUAAGAUUAUAUCACGUGAUAUGGAAGUGUAUCAUGCUGGUAUGAACACACCAGAGUGUAAAAUGGUUGGAUACAUGAUAGUGAAAAUAUAUUAACUGUCAUUUACCACCUUUCAUCAAUGUAUACCAGAAGAUACCAUCAUGUACCAAGGUGGUAUAGGGUAGUAAUUUUUGACCUGAAAAUUUUGUCCCUGGAAAUUUGUAGAUCUAAUAGAUUAUGACAAAAUAGUUCCUUUUGGAAAACUUAUCAAAUUUUCCAAUUAAAAACGAAGGUGGUAUCAGGAUGGUAAACGAGUGGUGUGGGUGGUAUGAAAAAAAUUUCCUCGAAAUACAUUGAAGAGAUAUAUCAUUUUAUAGAUUCACAAUAAAAUUGUUCCAUCUGUGUAAUUUUUUUUUUAAUUCCAAUUUAGAACGAAUAAGAUAAAAUAACUUGUAGGUAAAAAUAACUUACCUUACAAAAAAUUUGUGUAAGACAGAUUGAUGAGAUUAUCAUUGAAAGAAUUAUGUUUAAUUGAUGAUUUGUUAAAAUAAGAUUAAUUAUUGAUAUUAUACAACUUUUAACAUGCCAUUUCAAACAAAAGGCUGCUCACGAGCAAGGUUGUCAACCCAGUUUAGCUCCUAGGUCAUUUCAAGUAAGUGGAACGAGGGUUAAUGGUCUAAUCGCUUAAAUUCUGUUUAGCCCAAAUAUAUGAAAAAGUCAUUAUAUUAAUCAUACAUAUUUAAGUUAUAUAAAAUCUCUAUCUAACAUAUGAUAAUAACAUAUAACAAUACACUAACAUAAUAGGCGAAUAGGAAAACCAGAAAAGAGAUGCAAUUCACAAAUCAAAAGGAAAAAUGAUGUCAUGUGACCUCCCAUCAGAAAAUCUUUAUUGUGGGUCUUCAAAUUUUUCGGAUUUUGACUGGGUUAAGGCAAGUUUGACUAUUUCGACGAUUCUUUAAACAGGUGUGUGAUGCCCGUUUUCUUCACUAAAUUCGGGUCAACUGGUGGAUAUGUCAAGAACCAGUUAGUUCUAAUAACUCGAGUUGUUGGGAGAGGUUCAAUAAUGGAUCUUAUACCACUCACUAACACACCAGUCAACUCAUAAGGGCUUUCGUUUACACAUGUCAUGAACACGAUAAUACAUGUGCUUCACAAAUGGGGUCACAGCCGGGAUUCGAACACAAGAACUCAUAAGGGCUUUCGUUUACACAUGUCCUGAACAUGAUAAUACAUGUGCUUCACAAAUGGGGUCACCGUCGGGAUUCGAACACGAGACCUCCUUACCACAACAGGCUCUGAUACCAUAUCAAGAACCAAUUAUUUUCAAUAACUCUAAUUGUUAGGAAAAAUUCAAUAAUAAAUCUUAUACCACUCACUGACAGGAUCAACCCACUGAUCGACAACUUGCUCGCGAACUGAAUUAGACUUUAUUGUCUACUAUAAUAGAUCUUAUACCAUAUC